CCGGAACUUUUUGGCAAGGGCGCUUUCUCUCGAUUCGCAUGAGGAACGCACGCAUCGCAUGAGGCCUCCAAUGUACUCCAAUGGUCUCUUUCUUCAUGGCUGCAGUGAGGUGAGGGAGUACAGUGUCAUUGGAUGGGCCGUAUACGGGCCUCGGAUGCAAAGCGCCGACGGCGAGUGGCGCACUGUUGAGUAAGGGGCGAUGGAAGCUGCACAGAGCACAACGUCUUGUCCAUCCAUUCUGUUGCAUUUGUCCAUCCAUUCUGCAGGUUGUCGAACCAGGCGUUUCACCAGUACGAGGAGAUCAAGGGCCAUCUGCCGGAAGUGGGCGGUCGGGAGCAGGGCCAGAUCUUCACCAUGCCGGAGAGUGUACGCUCGCAUACGCAGAGAACAGAGAGAGAGAGAGGGACGCGUCCAUCCAUCCAUCCAUCCAUCUGUGUGUAUCUGUCCAUCUGUGUGUGUGCCUGUCUGUCUGUCUGUCUGCAGUAUUGGCGUUAUAAGCUGGGCCUGCACAUGUCGUCUGGGUGGCUCCACAUGGGCAACCCCCUGUAUGUACCAUUCAUCCCACCCAGCCACACUCACCCCUUCCACCAUUUGCACUGAUCAUGUGUGUGGUGUAUAUUCUUUUUCGUUGUGUGCUGCUCAAAUUGUCUCACGUGUGCAGGAAGGAGCCUUACAUGAUGAUGUUCCACCUGCCCAGGGCUGCGUCGCAGACCGAGCCAGUGGCAGCUGAUCCCGUGCAGCACGUUACGCAGCAGGCCAACAGCAAGGUGCAGCAGGCGGGCAGCAACAAGGACAGCAAGAACGAGGACAAGAAGCACGUGAAGAAAAAAGCCCCCCGUCACCCGGAGGCGGCCCCAGCAAGCGUGCCCGCAACGCAUAGCCAUACAACUACACACACGAGUAUACAAGUACACCCAGUCGACAGAGACACAGAGACAGAUGUAGUGUGUGGAGUGCCAAUCCUCUCUGCCUGAUCCGGAUGGUCUUGGUGUCUGUCUGUCCGGACGUGAGUGUGGAUGAAUGAGUGCGGAUGGAUGGAUGGAUGCUAUCGCCUGGACGUUUGAGUGCCGUGAAGUGACUUACGUGUAUUGGGGCGAGAGAUGGGGAGGUAGGGGGCUGCCUGAUUGGCCGGGAGAGAGAGGGGUUCCGCAGAAGGGCAGGUCGGCAGGUAGGCAGGGAGACAACUUUCUCUCUCUCACUGGACUUUACACCCACCCACUCACUUCGUCGAUGCUGUUUCUUUCCUUCUGGAUGGAUGGGUUGCUUCUCCUUUACAUGGAUGUUGGGCGUGUGGUGCUGUAUGGGUGUCUUGUGACGAUGCGGGAUCAUUCAUGGGACGACUGGAUGGCGGGCGGGUCUAACUUCGACAGACUUCCAAUCGUUUCUUUAUGGACUGACUGACUGUCUCCAUCCACAUGAAGACGACAGCGAAUGAGUC